AUGGAAGAAAUUGGAGCUAAGUUGUCGAAAUCAAUUUUCGAUAGAUUGAUGAACUGCGCUAUAGCAGAAUUACGUUACGUAUGCUGCUUUUCGGACAUUGUUGAAGACAUGGAAAAGGAAAAGAAAGCUUGGGAAGAAAGUGUGAAAGAGGAAAUAAGAAAGGGAAACAAUAUUCGAACAAAUGUCACUUCUUGGCUAAAAGAAACAGAGGGACUCAUUAAAGACACUCAGAUUAAAAAGACGUGUUUUUUUGGAUGGUGUCCAAAUUGCAAAUGGAGAUAUAGUAAGGGAAAGCAACUGGCAAAGAAGAAGAAGGAAACUGAAAGACUCUUGAAAAGUGGGAAUGUUGGAAUUUCCCCUCAUCUUCCAGGUGUUGAGUAUCAUUCUUCUCAAUAUUACGUUUAUUUUGACAGCAGAAAGCCGGAAAUCAAAGAACUUUUGGAUGCACUGAAAGAUGACAACAACUUCACAGUUGGAUUGCAAGGGAUGGGGGGCGCAGGUAAAACAACUUUGGCAAUAAAAGUGGCUAAGGAACUUAGGCAGUUGCAACAAUUUCAUCAUCAUGUCAUAUAUACCACAGUGUCAUAUACUCCUGAUAUAAGAAGGAUUCAAGAUGACAUUGCUGCACCCUUAGGAUUGGAUAUCAAGGAUAAAAGUGAAUCAGAGAGACGCGGGCUCCUUUGGAGUCGAUUAACCGGUGAUGACAAAAUUCUUUUGAUAUUGGAUGAUGUGUGGAAUCCUAUCAAUUUUGAUGAAAUUGGGAUUCCAAGGGAAGACAAUCACAAGGGUUGUAGAAUCUUUUUAAUCACACGUGAAAUGCGCGUUUGCCAAUCAAUGGGAUGCGAAAAGACAAUUCAAUUGGGGGUGUUAUCUGAGGAAGAUGCAUGGACCUUGUUCAAAAAGCAUGCUAAUUUAAGUGAUAGUUCCUCUAAACGUUUGUUGGAUAAGGGGCGUGAUAUUACCAAAGAAUGCAAAGGGUUACCAGUUGCAAUAGCACCCAUUGCUAGCAGUUUAAGAGAUCAAGAAAGUGUGGAAGUGUGGAAUUCAACUUUAAAAUCCUUGCAGAAAGGUGUUGGUGGAGAUUCGGUUGAUACUUGUUUAAGGCGUAGUUAUGAUAAUUUGAAGGAUGAUGAGGCCAAGAAACUAUUCCGCUUAUGUUCUAUGUUCCCAGAAGAUGAAGAACUUUCAGAUGAAAUUUUAACAAGAUUUUGCAUUGGAGUGCGCCUUUUUGGGGAAGUGGAUAACAAAUACGAUGAAGCUCGAGACCAAGUAGUUACUGCCAAAAUUAAACUUGUAAAUUCUUGUUUAUUGGUAAAAGCUGGGAAACAGAGUGUGAAAAUGCAUGACUUGGUUCGUGAUGUGGCCUUGCGGAUAGCUAAUGAAGAAAUUCAAGCAGUAAAUGUUUCCAACAAAAAUCAGAAGUUAUUGCUUGAGAAGAGGAAGAAUAUCAAAUAUUUGUUAUGCGAAGGGAAGAGUAUGGAUGUACUUUCUUGUAAGUUUGAUAGCUCUAAACUUGAGAUUCUGAAUGUCUACAUGGAUGAAGAUAGAGAUGAAGAUGAUUGUGUGGAAGUUCCAAAUUCAUUCUUUGAAAAUAUGACAGAACUUCGAGUUUUGCAUUUGUCAUUCAAGACAUGGAGACAUGUUUCUCUGUCAUUACCGCAGUCAUUCCAAUCAUUGACAAAUAUUCGAUCUCUACUCCUUGAAAGCUUACUCCUAGAAGACUUCUCUGUUCUGAAAAACUUACAAAAUCUUGAGACUUUGGAUUUGGUUGGGUUUUAUAUGGAUGAAUUACCACGUGAAAUUGCAAAACUGGAGAAACUUAGAGUCUUGAGGUUAAGACGUGGUGUUGUUAAAAAUUUGAAUUCAAUUAAAGUGAUUGAACGGUGCUCAUCACUUGAAGAAUUGUACAUUGUUGUUAGCUAUCGUAGAGUGAUUGAUACUGCGGCAAUGCAUGAGAAAAUAACCUUUCCUGCAUUCCAAAGGUACAUUAUGAAAGACAAUCGUAUAGUGAUGGAUGAAUCGUUGUCAAAAUGUGUGGCCUGGACGAAGAUUGAUGCUAUUUUCUCAGAAGUGACAUUCAAGCAUUUGGUGCAAACAUCCGAACUUCUUCAUCUACGAGAAAUCGAGGGGGAAUGGAGAAAUCUCAUACCUGAUAUUGUUACCAUGGAUAGAGGUAUGAAUGACCUAAUCGAGCUUUAUUUAUCAGAGAGUCCACAAUUGCGGUGUCUCAUUGACACUACACGUAUUGAUUCUCAUAGACGAAGUUUCUUCUCCAAGUUGAUUGAGCUACGACUUAGAGCCAUGGACAAUUUCGAAGAACUAUGCAAUGGUCCCUUUCCCUUUGACUUUCUAAACAAUUUGCAGGGGCUAGUAAUCUCGGAUUGUAUAAAUUUGAGAAGCAUAUUGUUCAAGAGCAAGCUAAACCUCUGUUAUCUUAAGACCAUUGAUUUGUACAAAUGCCCAAAAUUGGUAUCCCUAUUUCAAUUGUCAACUUGUCAAAGCCUCUUGCUUUUGGAGGAACUGUCCAUACAUGAUUGUGAGCAACUAAAAAACAUAAUAGUAAGAGUAAAUGAAGAAUUGAAGAACGAGAUUGUUGGUGGUGAGAAUGAUAACAAGAGUUUACCAACACGAACAUGCAAGUCAUCAAGAGGCAAAGGAUAUCAUACUUGGCUCACUGAAAGAGGUGCAGUUCUCUGGCUUGCCAAAUUUCAUUGA